CAAAAGAAAAAGUCGUCUCUCUCUCUAUCACACACACAUCAGCACGCAGAAGGGAAGUUACUGCCACGGUGCAGCAUCAGGAUCCGCCACCGUUUUGAACUACCUUAAAAUCGUCGCCUUAAAUUCCCCAAUCCGUCGCCGAAAAAAUUCUUCAGUAAAGGACAACUUGAUUUGACGGCACGUUAAAGUGAAAAAAAAUUCAAAAAAAGGGGAAAAGUUUUUAAGCGAUGCUCCAAAUUGGAGAAGAAACCCCUUCGAGGUUUGAGUUACUGAGCGUGGUUAGAAAACACUCGAAUUUAUUAGGGAAAACGACGGUGGAUGAGGAAGAUGCUACCGACGUUGAAAUGGACGGUAAAUUUUGGCAUGAUGUCUUCGAUUUGUAUUUCGUUAGGGGUAAGGAAUCGAGAGGUCGACAAGAUGAUGAUCUCAUAUUUUUCGUUCGGAAAUGGAAGGGGCAUGGUUUUAACGAAAGUGAGGAAAGUGUUGCUCCUUACUUUGUACGCAGGUGGGCACCUGAGUUAGAUAAGUUAGUUGGCGACAGUUUAUCGGUUGUGGAUUGGCGGCGCUCGUUUUACUUGAAUAUGAUUGCCCAUACUUCGUACUCUGUAACAGUUGCGAUUUGCAGUCACAAUGUCCUUAGAAAUCAUCAAGUGGGGCAAGAUACACCAUUAUCUGCUAUCUACAAGGUUGUGAAGACUGUUUAUGCAUCUCCCAGUCGAGUAAAUUUUCAUUUGGACUCAAAAAAGGAAGUAGAGACAACACCUGCCUAUCCGGACAUCUGUUUUGCAAUAGAUGAUUUUGACUUUACUUUUGAUGCAGUGGUCUUGACAGAAACAGAUCAUUGCUAUUGUGUUCUUCUUAAUGCGCUUGAUGGGGCAGCUUUUCCUAGUGAAAAGGAUACAAAUGAUAGCAGUUCCAGUAACAAAGUACCAUUGAGAGUAGAUACUAAUUCUAUGAAGACGAAAAAUAGUAAGCUCACACUUUUUUCUGGAUUUGUCAGCUAUCAAAUGGUCCGGGAUGCAUAUGAUGCUGGGAGUUCUGGAUUCGGAAGUCUUCUAUCAAUGGGUCAUUCCUCUGGCAAAAAAGACAGACUUUACAUGAAAGGUCCUGGAGGACGUGGGGAAGUUGAAGUAGCUGUUUCUGGUGUCGUAGACCAAAGCAAGGAAGAUUCAGGUCCUUUUUCACCCAUUAUAUCAAAAAAGGGUUUCGGACUUGGCUCCAUUGUUCGUAAAGCAGCUUCUGUUGCAUCUGUAGCAGCAAAGAACGCUUAUGCAGCGGCUUCUGCCACUUCAUCUUCUGAUGAAGAAAUGAUACCUCUCAAAUGUUGCUUAAUGUCUAUAACAUUGCCUUGGGAACACAUUGCUUAUGAUCUUUUGUUCAAGGGAAGUCCUCCGGUGAACUUGUAGAUUUCCUGUAUUUCUUGUUGCCGAAAUCCACAGAACUUAAGAGUAGAAGCUACCUGCCUAAGGAGAAGUGCAAUUGCAGGUAAAUGUCCAAAAUGUUUCCACCAUCCAGAGCAUGAAAGGAGAUUAUCUUUUAUCUCUGUAUACAUUGGUGCUGGGUUUUUGAGUGUUUUAAGGGUGUAUGAUGAAAUAGUGUACAUUAUUUAUUGUAAAACCUAGACUGUUCUUUGUGAUGCUUUCAUUGUAUCAGAUUCUUUUCACAUUCUUAGUGAAUGCCAAGGUUUCACUCCUUCCA